AUGCCACUUUUCCUCCUUCUUGUGGCGCCUAGGUUGGACCUGGACGACCUGGGAGUGCAGCAUUCCGCCCCACUUGGCUGCGUCAGAGCUCGCUCGUUCUCAAGGACUCGGAGCACAGACGGGCGCCGUGCCUCCGGUCCGCAUGAGGUCAUCUCGCUCAACUCCACAACAUCCAAGUCCCUUGCGGCCAACCAGGUCAUCGCGCACCCGCUUGUGCUGGCCGCAGCGGCCGGGGCCUCUCCGGCGACAUCCAUCCUAGCGGCGUCCGGGGUGGGGCUUCCGCCGCCGCCGUCGUCGCCGUAUACUGGCGGGCCGGUGCAUGGGGGCACGACGCCCGUUGGCGGCGGCGGCAUGCCGCCCGGCACGCGGUCUCGGACACCGCCGGAUAUGGCCGUUUCUACCGCGUCGUCACGGUUUAACCCGGUAGUGGAGGAUGACGAUGAAAUGCCGCCGUUGCACCCGCAGCAACAGCAGCAGCAGGGCAGCGAGUCUAUGCGAGAGUCGCAGGUGCUUCUCGGCGGAGGAGCGGUGGCAGCGGCGGCGGCGACGGCCGCUGGCGGUGGUGGCAACAGCACUCGUCGCUAUGCGACGGCGGAAAGCGUUGCGAUGUCCCACCAGCAGCAUCAGCAGCAGUCGCAACAAUCUAGGCUGCUGACGGGGGAGAGCAACGGCGGCGCCUCCUGCGACGCUGAGGAGAGCGGCGUCAGUGGUAGCGCUAGGGGGAGGCUGGGUCAUCUUCAGCGGGAAGAUUCUGCAGCGCCAGGCACACCCGGUUCUGUAGCCUCGGGUCGGGUCGGGGGCGUCUUCUUCACGGACCUGCACCGCUCGUUUGGCGGUCAGGGUACCCCUGGACGGGCUUCUGGAGGAGUCGGCGACUCGCAGGACUUGAGGGACACCCUAGCAGCUGAGGAAGUCGGGGGAGAUGGCGACGGCGACGACCAUGAGGACGGUCGCGGGAAUUCGCGGGCGAGCCGUCUGGGGCUCAUUUCCGCAGUCACCAGUCGACUGAACCCCAUGCAGAGCCCAACUAUGUCCGAAGACGGCGAAGAAGAUGACGAAGGCGAUGACUUGUUUGCGGAGUACGCGGGCGAGGCGUUGCGCUCUGCUGCGGCGGCGGAGGCCAGCAGCAGCGGUGGCGCUUCCGGCAGUACAGCGGAGGAGGCGGCGACAGCCGGAGGGCGGGCAAGCACAUCCGCCCUGACCGAUUACACCAACCCCGUGCAGACGCCGUACGAUUCGAGGCUUCCAACGCCGCUGCUGCCCUCAGCCGGCGCGGCAGCCGAACUUGAUCUGGCCGCGCCGAUGGCGGCGACGUCAGACCCUGAGUCCCGUAAGUCGCUGUUGCUGGUCAUUCAAGAUCUGUACGUCACGGAUUCGGAGCCGCGACUCUCAAUGGACCCCAGCCGACCUGCCACCGCAGCCGGCGAGCCGCUGGCCCAGACCCCGGCCACCCCAAUGCCGCCUGAGUCGCCUGUAGAGGGGGAUGGUGGGGGUGAGGUGGAGGGGGGCCUAGGUACUGAUGACACGGAUGCUCUUGCCGCGAGCCGCGCAGCUGUGGCCGCGCUGGCGGCCCGGGCUGAGAGUCAGCAGUCCCAACGGCGCAGCGAACUGGGGGAGUACAUGACGGCCUUGCAGGAGCUGAAGGACGAGUCCGGGGGUCGCCUUGUGGAGCUGCCCGCCGACUGGGGGGUCAUGCUGGAGCGCCUGUUCAGGCAACGUCGGGCGGAGUUUGAGACGCUGCAGGGCUGGAUGGGGCCUCGAAGGUUUGAAGACCUCCCGAUUAACCAGCUUCCCUCCAACCACCCGGACCCACGGGUCGAAGAAGGGCUGUCUCGAAUCCGCGAGCUGGAUGCCGUACUGAACGACAAGCUGAUUGCGGCGCUGAUCAGCCACCGGGAGACAUUUCCCGACCAGUGGGCGGAGCAGGAGCGCAAGAGGCUGGAGAAGCACACCAAGGCGGUGGAGGAGGCGCUCAAGCGCGAGCGUCAGAAGCGGCUCCGUGCCGCCCGCAUCUCCCGCGCCGUCACCUCCCUGGAUGCCGGGCCCUCGGGCCUGGCAGCCAGCCCGUCGUCUGUCCAGGGCUCCUCCAUGUCGCUGGCAGCAGGUGGGCAGGCCCCCUCCAUCUACUCGCGUCUCUUCACGUUAAAGCCGGAGUUGACGCAGUGCUGCUUGCAUCAUAUCAUGAUUACCGCCACAACAUCCCCCUCCGAAACAAUCCCCUGGCGGGGGGAGGAAGCGCUCGUGGAGGCUGUCCUGCGGCGUAACGACGAUGAGGGCGCCGCCAUUAACCCCUUUGACCUCGAGUCCGCUGCUACGUACGGCAGCGUGCCGGAGGGCGCCGACGGCGCGGAGGGCGUUGGAGGCGGCGGCGUUGGCGGCACUUCCUUCGCCGAUCCCGAUGACAUCGAUCUGGACCUGGACAUGUUUCUCCCCUCCACCUCCACCUCGGCAUCUACGUGCGUCACUCCCUCGGCAGCGGCGCCAAUGCCCAGGCCUCUCAGCGCGCGCUUGACGGAAGCCAACGGCGGCGGCGGCGCGAUGCGGCCCCUAUCCGCGAUGUCGUACUCGUCCUCUUCCCGUCCGGGGACGAGCAGCGGCCCCGCCGGUGGCCUGUCACCGCUGGCGGCCGCAGCCCUCCACGGCCACCCCGCCCUGCUCGCCGCUGGCGCAGGGCUGCGCAACAGCGGCAUUGGCGGUGGUGGUGGCGGCGGCGGAGCCACCGGGCUACUACCGGAGCGCGUGUACGAUGAUCCGCGCGCCGCGGCCCGCGCGCUGCGCGCUAUCAACGCCCGUUUGGCCGCGUUCGAAUCUGAGCACCUAUGGGACGAAAGCGGUGCCCUGGCGGACUUCAAAUCCGUCACUGCUACCCAGCCACAGCCACAGCCACAGCAGCAGGGCCGUAAACCGCCGCAGCUGGGGUCGGAGGCCAGCCUGGGUCCGAGCCCCAGUGUGGUGGGCCCGGUCCCGGCCAGUGCCGCCGCCGCUGGUGCACCGCCGCCUGCCGCCGCCGCCGCCGCCGCCGGUAGACGGACUCACUCCCCGCCUCGCAGCGUGCGGUCCGCGGCAGGCGGUCAGGCGGCCAGUGUGAGCGGCGUGUCGGUGACUGCCGGGGGCCACAGGGACUACCUGCGUGAGGAGCGGCUGGCCAAGGAGCUUGCGAUGCGGGAGCGUGAUGUUGAUACGGCACUACGCAGCCUCAAGACGGGGGAGGUGGUGCGGCUGGGGGAGGUCACCCUCAAGGCGCUGGUGGAGCAGUGCAGGAGGCUGCAGGAGCUCAAUGAGCACCGGCGCAAGAUUGAGGAGGCGGAGGCGGCCGCACGCAAGGCCCAGCUGCAGCGGCAGCAGCUCCUGGCCAGCAGGGCCUCGGAAACGGGCUCUGCAAGAGGGGGCCUGGAGCAGCGCCAGGAACGUCCGCAGACGCCGCCAGCGGCAGCACCGCAGCGGGGGGCCGUGGCGGGAAGCCGCCGCCUUCGACGUCGGGAGGCGCGGGAUCGUCUGGGUCAGCUGCAGCUGUUGGUGGAGCAGGCUGGCCACAUCGUCGCCAAGAUUACUCGAGUCAUCACUGGUCAGUAA